GCAAGAUCCGCGGCAGUUGACCAUCUACUGCCUGGCAACUGCAACGAAGAUGACGAUGGCCCGGGACCCGCGCCACGGCUGGUUUGGCCGGCUCCGCGACCUCGAGCACGAGACGCUCAAGCAUGUUGCGCUCACGGCGCAUGCGUCGCGCGUCCGGCUGCGCGGCGGGUCGGCCUACACCAACUACACGUACACGAUCGUCGCGUCACCGACCGCGCGCUGGGCGAUUGACCGCCGGUACUCGGAGUGCCACCGCUUCAAGGCGACGCUGCUCAGGGCCAUGGAGCGCGUGCCACCCAACGUGGCUAUCCACGUGGCGCCGCUGCUUGCGAUCGACUUUCCGAAAAAGAGCCUCUUUGACGCCAAGCGCAUCGUCGGCGAGCGCAAGCACAAGCUCAAGCUCUUCCUCUACGCGUGUCUCGAGGUGCGCACGUCCUUGUAUUUACAUACGGUCGUCUUCGAGUCGAACGCUAAUUUGGCCGUGCAAAGUCGCUGCACCGAGCUGCUCGAGCUCCUCGACGCCUUUUUAGAGAUACCGCCGCUCCAAAAGGACGAGCAACGCAAGAAGGCGACGGCGCUGCUGCUCUUGCUGCAGCAAGAACCGCGCGCGUCGUCGCUCUCGGCGUCGUGGCGUCCGUCCUUUCUUGACGACGGCGACUGCUCCAUUUGCUUGAGCGAGCUCGACAUGGACGGCGUCGGCCUCGCGGCCCCGGUCACGCUGCCGUGCGGCCAUGUCUUCCACUGCGACUGCGUCCUACCGUGGCUUGCAAAAGAUCACUCGUGCCCGCUCUGUCGCGGCAGCCUCCAUUAAACGUCAUAAGUAAGAGCACUGUAAGUAGUCAUCCUAGCAUACCGCAUACCGCGCGGCAAAGGCUAGUCCAGAAGUGCAUCACAAAGAGGACCAACGAGGUCAACGUUCGUCGUG